AUGAAAGUUUAUUCAAUACUAAUAUUAAAUAAAGCUGGUGGUUUAAUAUAUCAAAAUGAAAUAUCAUCAGGCUUAAAUAAACUAUCAGCUAAUGAUUAUUUGGUUUUAGCAGGCACCUUACAUGGUGUUCAUGCAAUUGGAUCUAAAUUAUCACAAUCCAUAUCAACAACAAACAAUUUAAAAAAUACAGAAGAAUUAAAUAGCAUACAGAAUUCAAAUAUACUAUCUUUUGGAAAAGCAUUAAAUCCAAACAAUAACAAAUCGGGGCUACAAUCUAUUGAGACAGAUUUUUUUAAUUUAUAUAAUUUUCAAACUGUAAGUGGAUUAAAAUUUAUUAUAAUAACAAGUCCGAAUGAUAAUUUUGAAAAUUUUGAAACCUCAAAUGAAAUAUUCAGGAAGUUAUAUAUAUUAUAUUCUGAUUAUGUUAUGAAAGAUCCAUUUUAUUCAUUAGAUAUGCCAAUAAAAUCAAUAUUGUUUGAUAAAAAUGUUAAAGAGCUAUUUCGUUGA